AUGAAUUUUAAUAAUUCAAAAUAUGAUUCUAUUCGAAAUGAUUCACAAACAAAGGAACAACUUAUAAUUAAAGGUAUUAAACAAGCAUGGAAUCGUCGAUUUUUAUCUAAUAUUCAUUCAGGUGUUCGAGUUAAAAUACAACAACAACAAAACAAGACUUCAUCAUUUAUUGAACCAAUACGGAAAGAUUUUCAUUGCCAAUCAACAUCAUCGUCAUCCUCUAAACAAACAAAUCAUAUACAAUCAAUGCUUAAACGUUUAUGGAUUGAAUCAGAAACAUCAGCUUUAAGUCAAAAUGGUCAAAAAUCAUUAGAAAAAUUUCAACAUUCAUCAUUAACUUCCGAACAAAUGAAAUCUAUUUUAAAUAAUAAUUUUUUUAGAAAAAAAUAUUCAUUAGGAAUAAAUUAUAAAAAUAAAAAUAUGAAUAGUAUUGGUAUACAAACAAAUGUAAUAAAACAAAUUGAUCGACAAACAUCAUGUGAUAUUCUUAGACAAAUAAAAACUUUUAAUAAGAAAAGUCAUUCAUCAUCUUCAUCGACAGUUUCAAUUUCUAAAACAUCAAUAUCAGAUGAAAAUUCAACAUAUACAAAUACUACUUCAAUAGAAACAUCAACAAUAAGUAGCAUUACUGUUAGUACGAAAGAAAAUCAUCAUUAUCAUAAUCAACGUAAUAAAAAUCAAAAUAAUAAUGCUAUUGAUACUGAUAACGAACAAAACUUAAGUCAUGUUAAAAUGAAACAAUUUCAAACAGAAAAAUUAAUCAAACAACAAUCGAACAACAAACAACUAUUGCACGAUAUAAACAUUAACAGGCAAUGUUAUCGUCAACCGAAUUCAUUAACAGUAUUAUCGACAGCAAAAAAACGAUUUUUUAGUACGUUCUUGAAUUUAUUUUCUUAUCUUCGAUUAUCAUCGUUUAAACGUGAUCAAAUUUGUAUAUCAUCAAAUAAUAUUGAAACUCCAAAAGUUAUUCAUAUUGAUCGAAAUGAAGGAAAUAAAAUUAUUCGACCACCAACUUCUCGUUGUCGACGAUCUGCAGCUAGAAACUUCAAUUAUAAUUCAUCAAUUGAACCGGAAAAACAUUAUUUACAAACAAAACUCGAAGAAGAUUCAUCAUCGACACUUAAGCAUUUAAAUAAAAAAAUGUCACACAAAUCAAUAUCAAUGAAAAAGCAAUACAGACAAGGUAUUAUAUGA